AAGUGCAUCCUAAAAACCAGUUAUCAGAAACAUAUUUUUUCAAUUUUCAUUCAGUUUUUGCUAUUGCUGUCUUCAGGUCCUAGCUAAAUGAACCAGUUUACCAAGUCCACCCCUGCACAGGGAUUCUGGGAGAUGUAGUAAAUAAAAAGCGAAUACAGUGAAUGGAUGUAGAUAAAAACAACCUGCUUUUCUCAGUGUGUGGUUGAACUUAAACAUGAACAAGCUCCUUCUUCGAGAAAGCUGGAUGUAAAACUGGAUGGGUGUUUAAUUCGUUUAGCUGAAUUUGGCACACCACACCUCCAAUACAGCGCCUCAGUAAAUUCCAGACAGUGAACUGAAAUAGAAAACAGAUUCAAUUAAAUGGGCAGCCAGGUGGCCUCGCGAUCAGAGAAUCUGUAUUGAUGGAAGAUUCCAGGACGAUCGAUCGCUGGCUAGAUGUGUCUGCCGUAGCUCAGGUGUUAUCUGAGACUCAGUUGGUCUAAUUUUGACAACACAUGACUCUAGCAAAGCAUUGUUGCAGUCCUUGAUGGGGAGAAUAAAAGUAAUGGUUACAUAAUCACAGAAACCACCGGUUCAAAUCUGAUGACUUUGUGAUGAAGAAAUUAUUAGGUGAUGUUAUUAUUCGAAUGUUCGUAUUCAGAAUUUUAAUUAAAAUUGGGUUCACUUUGAAGUUUUACUUGAGAAAGUCUUACUGUCAGGUGCAUGAGAUUGUAUGACAAAACAAUAAAUACCACACAGUGUCGCUCACUUGUUGUCGGUCGAUUCAAGAGUAGAUUCACUCUUUGAAACGCUGAAGUCUGGGUUAGACUUUAAAAGACAUGCUGCUAUCCUUUAUCUGAGUACAAAUAGUCAACAGUAUGUGGGAUCUUUGAUUUUUGUCCACAUUUAAAAUUGAGCUUGAACAUACACUAAUCGGUUUGAUGAGUUUGAUCUUUUGGGUGAACUGACCGUUUAAAUGACUGCUGUACCUCAUGCAAAUGUUAGACAAUGUGGGAAGAGGUGGACUUUAAUGUCAUGAAGACCCCUGCUCCUGAACUCAUUCCAUCUCCUCAGAGCUCGACAUUCAGCUCCUCAGUCUCCUGUAAUGGAGUUAUAGAUUGUUGUUUUUAUAGAGGGGCCAAUACUGCCCUGUAAACCUGACUGUAUGUAUUGAUCUCUCCAUUGAGAAGUGUGUGUGUGUGUGUGUGUGUGUGUGGUGUGUGUGUCUGCUUUUCGCCUACUCUUACACUUUAGAUGACACUAAUAAAACAUGAUUACAAGAUAAAUCAGCAGCUGACAAGUUUGUUCAAUGGUGAAGAUGCCAGAUUAUGAUGGACCACAUCAUCACCCUAAAAGAUUAGAAAAAUACACAUGCACUGUCGCCAUUCCUCCGUUAAUUAAACGAUUGAUUUGAAGUUUGUUGUCUGUGAUGUUUUUAUAUCUAAGAAAAAUAUAUUUAACACCAGAGCAAGCUUUCGAAACAAAACUGGAACCACACUUAGAACCAGUAAUGAAAACUGAUUUUGUUUAAGCAUUGCUCCGACUGAUAAACUUUAUUUGAAUUUUAUUGAAAAAUAAGGUUGUUGAUGUGCAACAGACUUAUCUAGUGCCCUUUAUCUGUUAGUUAGUUGUAAUACUGUCAGGUUUUGGAGUUUCUUAAGUUUGUUUCCUGUUUUAUUUUGUAAUUUUUCUUACCUUGUGUCUGGUUUAGUUCUUCAUUUCCUGUCUUUGUCAGUUUUCCCUCCUUUUCUGAUUGUUUGUCCCGCCUUGAUUGUGUUCACCUGAGUCUCACUACCCCUGUCUUUAUAUACCUGUGCUUGUGUGUUUUGUUAUUUUGCUGUGCUUCCAUUCUUCAUGUCAUUCUUGUGCUUCCCUGUGCUUUCGACUCCUGUGAUACUCUGUGAUUCUUUUGUUCCCCGUGUUGUCUUUUUGGAUUAUUUCUUUGGUUGAAUUAUGUCCCCUGGAUUCCCAGCCGCCUUUUGUUUACACCUGUUUCUUUUUUGAUUUUUUUCCAGUAUAUUGUAGUAUUUGAGCCAUCUGCACACCAUCUACCUGCCAAGAUCCUGCUGUUUGUCGUGAACAAAUACAGGAUAUGAAUGGACGAGAAGGAUGACGAUAUGUGUGAGGAGGAAGAUCUGGACGAAAACAGAGCAAAUAACUCGGCCAACAGGAAGAGGCAGCUGUGGUGGUCACGCCAAGGCACAGAUGAGAAAAAUCUCCUCUCCACCCAGGAUGCCAUCAGUACAACUGAGGUUGUGCCCACCUCAAACGGGACGUCCUUUGACUUUGUCACAACUGAGAAUGGACCAGUCUGUCUGGACUUGUACGCAACCCCCCACUAUAAAAUGGACCAGCCCAGUGAUGGAACAGAGAAGAAGGAUGAGUGUGUGUAUGAGGUUUGUUUGCCCCCGGAGGAUUCGGUGUUGGAAGGAGGAGAGGAGAAGUCUGAGGAGGAGGAAGAGGAUGGGAUGAAGAAAAGGGGAGUUGGUGCGAUGGUCAAACUCUUCCACUUCAUUAUGAAACAGAGCUACAUUUGUGCUCUCAUUGCAAUGAUGGCGUGGAGCAUCACAUACGUCAGCUGGCUGACGUUUGUCUUCCUCAUCUGGUCCUGCACGCUGUGGAUGGUGAGGGACCGGAGGCGUUAUGCCAUGCUGUCUUCUCCCUUCAUGGUGGCCUACGGCAACCUGCUGAUAGUUCUGCAGUACAUUUGGAGUUUUGAGAACAUGGAACCGGUCUCGGGGCUCUUCGUCAAGAAGAACAACCCUUUCCACUCACUUUCAUCCAAGGUCCUGUGUCUGUUGACCUUCUGGCUGCUGCUGAGACAAACGCUCACAGAGAGACAGGAAAAACAAAACGAAGACAGCGCUGAUCUCUUAGAUGUUCAUGUGGAGGAUCAGAAGAAGAAGGAGGAAGAGGACUCUAAGGAGGGAGGCGAGCAGGACAUCAUGCAGGUCCUGGGCAAUAUGGUCAUGGCUCUGCUGGUUAAAUACUGGAUCUACAUCUGCGGCGGCAUGUUCUUCUUUGUCAGCUUCGAGGGAACCAUUGUCAUGUACAAGAUCAUCUACAUGAUGAUGUUCCUCUCGUGUGUGGCGCUCUAUCAGGUACACUUUGAGUGGUGGCGAAGGAUCCUGAAAUACUUCUGGAUGUCGGUGGUGAUAUACACCAUGCUGGUCCUCACCCUGGUCUACACCUGCCAGUUUGAAAGCUCUAUGCCUUUCUGGUCCAACAUGACGGGAAUGGAAAAAGAGAGCUUGAAUGAUCUGGGCUUGGAGAAGUUUAGCCUCCCCAUGUUGUUCACCAGGAUUUUCAUUCCCACUUCCUUCCUGCUGGUGUGUAUUCUCCACCUGCACUACUUCCACGACCGCUUCCUCGAGCUCACCGACCUCCAGGCCGUCGUGGCCAAAGAGGAGAGCACUAUCUACAGACUGGUGCACCUGGAUGGCAGCCUGGCAGACCUGACGAUGCUCAGCGCCAGUUCGGUGGAUGCAGCGCUGCCCAGAGAGGAGCAGGGAGUGCGGGAGGAGCAGGAGGAGCAGGGGGGGUGGGGUACAGAGGAGGAGGAGAAGGAGCAGGCCCUGGUGGUGGUGAUGUAUGACCCUGACACGACUGGCGAGAAGCCCAAGAGCUUCUCAGACCAGCAGCAGUCCAGCACAGAGGAGAGCCACCACUGCAGUGCCGGGACCGAGCCAGAGCCGAGCACCGAGCAGAGCUCAGAUCUAAAGAAUAAAUGGCACCUGGUGGUCGACCGUCUGACCGUGCUCUUCCUCAAGUUCCUGGAGUAUUUCCACAAACUGCAGCUGUUCAUCUGGUGGCUGCUGGAGAUCCACAUCAUCAAGCUCGUGUCCUGCUACAUUGUCCUGUUUGCUCUUAACGAGGUGUCUUUAUUAAACUGUGUGUUCCUGGCGUCCUGGGCCUUUGCACUACCCUACAGCCAUUACCGGCCCCUGGCCUCCAGCGUUUGCACUGUGUGGACUUGUGUCAUCAUUGUGUGCAAAAUGUUGUACCAGCUGAAGUCCAUAAACCCACCAUCGUACUCCAAAAACUGCUCUAUGCCACAAGGUUACUCAGAGACGCAGAGAGACCAGAUGAGUCAGUCCCUGCUGUAUAAGGAACCUGUGGAACCAGCACACUGGGUGGGGCUGAGGAAGUCUGAUGACCUUCUGGGCUACCUCAGGAACAACCUCUUGAUGCUCGCUCUGUUAGCGUUCGAGGUGACCAUCUACCGCCAUCAGAAAUACUACCGACUGAGGAACAAACUGGCGCCUCCUGCUGCCAGGAUUAUCUUCCACGACAUCACCAGGCAGCAUCUGGACAUCGGCAUCGUCAACUUCAUCAAAUACUUCAUCAACUACUUCUUCUACAAGUUUGGACUUGAGACGUGCCUGCUGCUGGGGGUCAAUGUGAUCGGGCAGCGUAUGGACUUCUAUGCCAUGCUUCAUGCCUUUGCCUUGAUAGGGGUCAUGUAUAAACGCAGGAGGAAAGCCAUCGCUGAGAUCUGGCCCAAGUACUGCUGCUUCCUGGCCUGCAUGCUGACUUUUCAGUACUUUGUCUGCAUCGGGAUCCCGCCAGCAGCCUGUAAAGACUAUCCCUGGAGGUUUCCAAGCUCUUCUACAGACUCCAAUGUGGUCAAGUGGCUCUAUGUUCCAGACUUCAAAAACAAACCCAAAUCAACGUUUCUCAUUUAUGACUUCAUGUUGCUGCUGUGCGCCUCUCUCCAGAGGCAGAUCUUUGAUGAUGAGAACAAGGCAGCGGUCCGCCUCAUGGCUGGGGACAACGUGGAGAUCUGCAGAGACCUGGAUGCAGCGUCCUUCAGCGUCCACAACCCUGUCCCUGACUUCAUCCACUGCAGGUCCUACCUGGACAUGCUGAAGGUCAUCAUGUUCAGCUACCUGUUCUGGUUUGUCCUCACCAUCAUCUUCAUCACGGGGACCACACGCAUCAGCAUCUUCUGUAUGGGCUACCUGGUUGCCUGCUUCUACUUCCUGCUCUUUGGUGGCGAGCUGUUGCUCAAACCAAUCAAAAAGAUCCUGCAUUACUGGGACUUCUUAAUCGCCUACAACAUCUUUGUGAUUACUAUGAAGAACAUUUUGUCUAUCCUGGCUUGUGGCUACAUCAACUCUCUGAAGAAGAAACACUGCUGGUUGAUCCAGUUGCUCAGUCUGGCCUGCACCAUCAAGGAUUACGACAUCGACAAGUCUCCAGAGAACUGUGAACUGCCCAGCAGUGAGGCUGGGAUCAUCUGGGACAGUAUCUGCUUUGCCUUCCUGCUGCUGCAGAGACGAGUCUUCAUGAGCUACUACUUCCUCCAUGUGGUCGCUGAUAUCAGAGCGUCACAGAUUCUUGCAUCCAGAGGAGCGGAGCUUUUCCAGGCCACAAUAGUGAAGGCUGUGAAAGCCAGACUGGAAGAGGAGAGCAAAUCUGUGGAGCAGCUGAAGAGACAGAUGGAGCGCAUUAAGGUGAGGCAGCAAAAGUUUAAGAGGGGCAAAGAGAAGAUGCUGAGCAUGGCACAGGAGUCAGGAGAAGGACAGACCCUCAUCCAGCCUGUGGAGGAUGAUGAUGAUGAUGGAGCACAGCGAACGAAAGCCAAGACCAAAAAAAAGCAGUGGUGGAGGCCGUGGGUUGACCAUGCUUCCAUGGUUAGAAGUGGAGACUAUUACUUGUUUGAAACCGACAGUGAGGAGGAAGAGGAGGAGGAGGAGAAAAAAGACGAUGAGCCGCUGAAGAAGUCGGCAUUUCAGCGAGCUAUUGGGAAGUUUGUCUCUGCUGUUCUGGCUUUACCCAAGUCUAUCAUUAAGCUGCCUAAAACAGUUCUGCAGUAUGUAGUCAAGGCAGGAAAGUUUCUUUAUCACGCGUGGAUCACAGACCCCAAAGCUGCCCUGAGGGCACGAGGCAAAGAGAAACGCAGAUUUUGGAAAAAAUACACCAAGGGAGUUAGACACAGAAAAAGCAAGAAAGAUGCAGGUCAUGUGGCCAUAGAGGUUGGCGAGCUCUCAGAUGGACAAGAAAAAGGAGAGGAGAACAAGAAGUCUGCCGGUCCAGAUAACAUCAUAAAGCGAGUGUUCAACAUCAUAAAGUUCACUUGGGAGCUCUGCCAGACAACGGUGGACAGCUUCACCAAGUGGAUGAACGACAUGUGCAGGGAAUACAUCGACAUCUCCACAGUGCUGCGUAUAGAGCGCUGCAUGCUGACCAGAGAGGUCAAAAAGGGUAACGUGCCUUCCAGAGAGAGCAUCCACAUCUACUACCAGAAGGCCAUGAGGCUCAACAUGUCCAGGCAGGCUAGUAUGGAUCAGCUGAGUGAGGACGAGUCGACCUCAGGUUCCACCAGGGUCCGAAGACGGCGAGGACGCUACCCCAUGGAGAGCCAGGACUCCACAGCCUCCAGAGACAGCAUAUCCAGUGCCUUCACCGAGGCAACCACGCUGUUUUCUCGCCAGUCCACCCUGGAAGACCUCGAUGGCAUGCCAGAGUGCAUUCCCAAAACCAGCGAGCGCGCCAGGCCCAAGCUGCGCAAGAUGUACAGCCUGGACAUGUCCAAUUCAUCAAUGGAUAGUGGCAGCAGCUUCAUGUCCAGUGAAGCCACUCAAUGCAUCACGCUGUACUCCAGACAGGGCACCGCAGAAACCAUAGAAGAAGUGGAAGACGAGCAGGAACAAGGGGAAGAGAAGCAGCAGCAGGUCCCCUGGGAAUCCCAACAGCUAGACGAGGGUCAGCAGGCCGAGGACGGUCUGUGGAGCGAUGGAGAACCAAGGGAGAAAGAAGAGGAGGAGGAUGAAGACGAUGAGGGCCAAGAGGGACUGGAGGGUGAGGAGGGAGUGGAUGAACCAAAGGACCAGGAGAGCAAAGAAACAGAAGAGGCUCCCUGGGAGUCCUUUGGCCCAGAUGAGGGUCCCUCCCUCAGGCAGGAGGAGACAGAGUCUGCUGCUUAUGCCCAGGAGAAGGACUUCAUCACUGAGAGUGAGGAUGGGGGAGGACAGCAGGACUUCCUGCCGACAGAGGGGAGAGUGGGGCUCCUCUACACCCCUGACACAGAUGCUUCUAAAACAUCCGAUGCUGACGUGCCUCCCAGCUACAGCAAAGCAGUCAGCUUUGACCGCCUGGAGGUCAGCGAUGACGAGAGUGACAUGGAUCGGAAGAGGCGUAUGAUCAUGACGUCUGACAGCCGCUCAGACAGCAGGUCGGACAUCAUGUUGCCCUCCAUGACCACUGAGCUGACCGCCAGUGAGCUGCUGCUCAACAAGAUGUUUUAUGACGAGGAGCUGGAAGAGUCUGAUAAGUUCUACCAAAGUCAGCCUCUGAUCCUCCAGCUCUGCUACGCCCUCUACAACAUGUUGGUGGCCCAUUCAGAGAUGGUGUGCUACCUGGUCAUCAUCAUCAACCACAUGGUGUCGGCCUCCUGCGUCACCCUCGUCCUUCCCAUCACCAUCUUCCUCUGGGCCAUGCUCUCAGUGCCCCGGCCCAGCAAGCGCUACUGGAUGACUGCCAUUAUCUAUACCGAGGUCACCAUCGUCAUCAAGUACUUCUUCCAAUUUGGCUUCUUCCCCUUCAACCAGAGCAAGAUAGAUAAGAAUAAACCGUAUCACCCCCCCAACAUCAUUGGUGUGGAGAAGAAGGAUGGUUAUGUCCACUACGACCUGGUCCAGUUACUGGCUCUGUUCUUCCACAGAUCCAUCCUGAAGUGCCAUGGACUUUGGGAUGAGGACGACCCCAAAGAAAAGAAGGAGCCCCCUCCUCAGAGUGAGUCGGAGGACGAGGGAAAAGACAAAGAGGGGAGUGACAAGGAGUCUGAACCCGCCUCCUCGCUGAUCGGUGAGAGGAGAGGCUCCACUCACACCUUGAAAUCCAUAAACUUUGGGACCUCCUUUGAUUCAGGACAUGUUCAGGUGCACUACCAGCAACAGCAGACCUACCAGCGUCGCAAGAGCUCCAGCGGAGGCUCGCACAUCUCCCACAAAUCCCUCCACUCUUCUGCAAGGUCCAAGAGAGGAAGUACCGCUUCCAAAAACAGCAGCCACAAGGAUGGCAGCGAGGCCAGCGUCCAUCAGAAGACCCGCAAACAGAUGAUCAUGGAGAAGCUGAGGGAGCAGCUCUUCAAAGGAAAAGCUUUCAUCAUAAAGCGGUUCAUGGAGAUCUACCUCCCUAUGAGGCAGUUCUUCCAUAACUUGAUCCAUCCGGAGUACAGUGCAGUCACAGACGUGUAUGUGCUGAUGUUCCUCGCUGACACGGUCGACUUCAUCAUCAUCGUGUUUGGAUUCUGGGCGUUUGGUAAACACUCAGCGGCAGACAUCACGUCGUCUCUGUCGGAGGACCAGGUGCCGGGACCUUUCCUGGUCAUGGUCUUGAUCCAGUUUGGGACCAUGGUGGUGGACCGGGCCCUCUACCUCAGAAAGUCCGUCAUGGGCAAAGUCAUCUUCCAGGUCAUCCUGCUCUUUGGCAUCCACUUCUGGAUGUUCUUUAUCCUGCCAGGAGUGACAGAAAAGCGUUUCAGUGAGAACAUCGUUGCUCAGAUGUGGUAUUUUGUCAAGUGCAUCUACUUCGGGCUGUCAGCCUAUCAGAUCCGCUGUGGUUACCCCACCCGCGUUUUGGGAAACUUCCUCACCAAGAGCUACAAUUAUGUCAACCUCUUCCUGUUUCAAGGUUUCCGCCUGGUGCCGUUCCUGACGGAGCUGCGAGCCGUGAUGGACUGGGUUUGGACCGACACCUCGCUGUCUCUGUCCAGCUGGAUCUGCGUGGAGGACAUCUAUGCUCACAUCUUUAUCCUCAAGUGCUGGAGAGAGUCUGAGAAGAGGUAUCCUCAGCCGCGAGGCCAGAAGAAGAAGAAGGUGGUGAAGUACGGGAUGGGAGGGAUGAUUGUAGUGCUGCUGAUCUGCAUCGUCUGGUUCCCGCUGCUCUUCAUGUCCCUCAUUAAGUCAGUAGCCGGAGUCGUCAACAAGCCGCUGGAUGUUUCGUUUGAAAUCACCCUGGCAGGCUUUCAGCCCAUCUUCACUAUGAGUGCUCAGCAAAAGCAACUGCAGGAGGUGACAGAAAGUCAGUUUAAAGAUUUUACGAAGAAAUUUAACCAUGAAGAUGAAGCCUUGCAGUGGCUGGAGAGCUACAUGGCAGCGGACCUGUGCAUUGCACAGCUGAAAGGCAGCUCCAACUCUCUGUGGACCAUCAGUCCACCCAGCAGGGAAAACCUGAUAAAUAUGUUGGGGUCCAAUGAGGAGGACUUCCCCAUCACUGUGUCCUGGUCUGUGCAAAGAAACCUCAGUCUAGGUGCAAAGGCUGAAAUAGCGUCCGGAAAAAAAGUGAAGCAUCUUGAUGCCGAGAUAAAGAAAGAGCUCAUAAAGCUCUUAAAUGGGGAAGGCAACUCGCCUGUGACUCUGAAGAAUAUCUUCCCUCGUUACAUUCGAGCUCCCAGCGACUCUGAAGCCAAACCUGUGGAACAGCUUUUUAAAGAAGAAAAGUGGGUGAACAUAACCUUGUCCUUGAGGCGAGCUGGGAAUGUCUCGAAUCAGAUCCAGGAGUGGUGGAUCGUCAACCAGGCAGAAGCCGGCCUGAUAGAUAUGAAGUCUCAAAAAACUAACGAAACGGGACUGGAGCUCUACGUAUUCAGCGACCAAGUCAGCCCACCGAGCUUGGGCUUUCUGGCUGGAUACGGAAUCAUGGGCCUGUAUGCCUCUGUGGUCCUGGUCAUCGGCAAGUUCGUGCGCGAGUUCUUCAGCGGCAUUUCUCACACCAUCAUGUUCGAGGAGCUGCCCAACGUGGACCGCAUCCUCAAGCUGUGCACCGACAUCUUUCUGGUCCGAGAGACGGGGGAGCUGGACCUGGAGGAGGACAUGUACGCCAAACUCAUCUUCCUCUACCGCUCUCCAGAGACUAUGAUCAAGUGGACCAGAGAGAAAACUCAGUGAAACACUCAGCGAAGGCGAGCCGGAGCUCUUUUGGACAAACUGGGUGGUCGCUCUGUUGGUGUGAGCAGCUAUUUCAACCCCAUUCGCCGGCUGAGGGAGCGCAGAGAGUCCGAGGACCAACCCGGUCCUCUUCAGCUGAUGUUCUGACUGCAGUGAUGGUGUUUGCUUCACACGACGACACUUCUUGUUACAAACUGGCAUUUUCUACUACUUAUUGAUGGAAAAAUCAACUGCAGUCGUCAUUACUGGCAGUUGAGGACAUUUGCUGGUGCUGCAUUUAUCUCACGAAACCUGGCUCGGUUUGGCCUCCAGUGGAUAAAAUAAGCAAACUGGUGUUCAGUUGGAGUCAGAGAAAGCCUUUAGGGCAAUUUUUCAGUUUAAAAAAAAAAAGCGCUAUCUGCAAUAUUAAGGUGGGUUUUUAAACACAAACGCCCAAGAGCCUCAGUGCUCUUCAUGCCUGCCCCUAACGUUUUCACAAUGGAACAGAAGCUCAAGCUGAAGGCAACAUCAGUCUUUUAAGGGCUUCCCACCUACAAGUAAGUGCACAAUAAUGAGCACAAUCUCCCGUCCUCCAACUGGAACGUUUGGAUCGUGGGACUGUGCAAUACUGAGCUCUUGUUCCUCCAUGUUUUCGAAGUAUGUGGGUCGGCGGGGAAAAGGCCGAUUCUGACCAAAAAAUGAAGCCCGCCGUGAACAUGAAGACCACCUCUUUUUUUGUUUGUUUUUCUUCCAAGUGACACGAGACAGAAAACAUAAACAAUAUUUGCCUUAUUUUGUUUGUAUGAGAAGAACUGAAACUCUUAUCAACUACAUAUCUUUCUCAGGAAGAGCUGUUUUCUCAGAUAUUCAUUGUAUGAGAUGUGUUAAAAAAAUAUGUAGGCUUUGAUGGAUUCCAAAACAGAUUGUAGACGAGAUUAUUUAAAUGGCAUGAAACUUAAAGGUUCAGAUGGACUGACGGAGUAUGUUUACUGCACAGAGAAACAGUUCGAGGCUGUGUUAUGAAAGCAAACGCAUCGCUCUGGACUGUUUUCCUCACAGAAAAUGAGAUUAAUUGCCAAUCAUCCACGUUCUGAAUCAUCUACAGGUUGGCUAGAGUUGAGACCAGCAGAGGGCUGUUUCUGAAUCAGGGUAACGUGCAUUAGCUGGUGGACUCUUGCACUAUCACUUGUGAACCUCUCACUGUUUUUAAACUUAACACUCAUGAACACUGUGGUCAUGAGUCUCCAAGGUCGAAUCAAGCAGACAUACAAAAAAUAAAAAAUAAAAAACAAACCCAUGAAGGGCUGAAAUAUGAAGCCCUUUGGUCCAAACUAUGCAUUAGACAACAUUGUAGCAUGAUAGAAAAAACCUUCAUUAUUGUCAUGACUAAUUUUCAUUACAUGUACAUAGAAGUUUAAGGUGGGACAGGUCAGGGUGGAAUGAAAUGUGAAACUGUAGCUGUAUGUUAAGGCCAUGUGGUAUGAUAGAGGUCCAGAGAUCUGCAAAUAAAACAUCUGGAAAUGUGUCGA